GGCCCCCGGGUGCGGCUGCCAUUUUGCGGUGCAGGCCGGGCUGACCCCAUUGUGCUGUGCCCGCAGGUGGAUGCCCGCCGCCCGGCAUGGAGCAGGCCUGCGAAGUGAGCCGCCGCAGCUGCCUCGUCCCCUUCGGCACCUCGCUGUCGGCCGCGGAGCCCAAGAGCGGCCCCUUCGGCGAGGCCCGCGGCCCCGAGCCGCCCGCCAUGCAGCUGGCGGCCGCCAAGCCCGGCUACGGCCAGGACCCGUCGUCCUGCUACAUCCCGCUGCGCCGGCUGCAGGACUUGGCUUCCAUGAUCAAUGCCGAGUACCUCGGCGGUGCCGCCGACGGCACUGAGGCCCUGCCCGACCCUGGCUCACCGGGCCCCCGCCUGCCCGCGGCGCAGGAGCCUGCGGCCGAGGUGCCCCGCGGGGCCCGGGCCUUCCCCCUGCUCCUGCGGGACGGUGGAGAGGAGGCGCCGGAGGAGGAGGAGGAGGGCGCCGAGACUCCGGAGGAGGAGGAGGAGGACGACGACGACGACGACGACGACGACUACGACUACGAGGAAGAGGAGGAGGACGACGACGACGACGACGAGGAGGCGGCGACAGAGCCCGGCCCGCGGAGCCGCGGCCGCUCCGCUCCGCAGCGGGGCCCCGACAGCCGCCUGCAGCCGGCCGAGUCCGUGCCGGACGGCGGCCCCGGGGAGCAGCCUGAGUCCUCGGCGGCCCUGCAACUCAUCCAAGCCAAGAAGAAACCCACUCCAGUGAAGUAUGAAGUUGGGGAUCUUGUUUGGGCCAAGUUCAACAGACGCCCAUGGUGGCCAUGCACAAUUUGUCAUGACCCAGUGCUGGACUGUCACUCAAAAAUGAAAGUUUCCAAUCAGAGACCAUACCGAGAGUACUAUGUGGAUGCCUUAGGAGAACCUUCAGAGAAAGCCUGGGUUGCUGGGAAAGCUAUUGUCCUCUUUGAAGGGAGACAUCAGUUUGAAGAGCUGCCUGUUCUCCGGAAAAGAGGAAAGCAAAAGGAAAAAGGCUACAAACAUAAGGUUCCUCAGAGAUUAAGGGCUCAGUGGGAAGUCAGUGUUGGACAGGCAGAAGACAUUCUUCUUGGGGGGCCAGAGGAUCAGAAGUGCAGCCAGACCUCCAGCGAGCCGGACAGUGAGAAGGACGUGGAGCUGGAAUACUACACCAAUGGCCCUAGAGCAGAAAGGGACACGCAACUGAACGGCUGCUUUAAAUCCUUGGCCUUUGACUCCAGACACGUGGCCAGUGAAAAAGGAAAAUUGCUCAUCAAGCCACACAUGAAAACAACCUCUGAAAGUAGAAAAAGGACUAGAGUAAAAAAGAGUGGCACAAGAGGGGAAGCAUCGAGGGAAGAAAUCAAAGACAAAACACCAGAGAGCGUAGUUAGAAACGUGAUUGUUGGGGACCUACCAGAGAAACACGCGUCUCAUGAGCUUCGCCGGAUUGCCAACAGCCUGACAGCAUCCAGUAGCAGCAGGGAAAACCAUUUGCUUUCCUCCUUUGGAGAAAGACGUUUUGAAAAGACACCUUUAAAACCAGACUGUGAGAAUCGUAAAAGUGAUGCUCUGAAAAACACCCUCCAAGGGGAUUUGUUUUCCAGCCCAUCUUUUGAGAGAGAGAAGAGCUCUCUGGGCAUUUUGUGCAGUUCCAAGUUACAGAUACACUAUUCUGCAUCUGAUGCUGGUGUUGAGAAAAAACUAACUGAAUCAGAUUCAUCCUCUUCCCUCUCUGAUGGUGGGAACAGUGAUGUAGAUACCAUGGACCAAAGUUCAGAAAGAGCCUCUAGUGCUCUUGAAGUUAGUGAUUCUUCAGAUAAAGUGGAGAAGGACUUUCCUGUGACAUCAAGUGGAAACAUUAAACUUUCCAUGUAUCUUUCUCAGAAGAGCAGCAGAAGGGCCAGGAAGAAGUCGCACAGAGAUCGCAAACCUCUGGGAGGUUCAGUAACCAACAGACUCGAUGCUGAAUUUGCAGAUGGGGAGCUUGAAGUAGGUUUCUCUGAUGCUGAGAUGUCAUUGACACCUCUUGAGUGCUCUUCGGAUGUGAGAAAUGACAAUCUUCCCCUAGCAAACAAGCACACUACCCCCCAAAGUGUUUCCAAGGACAGCUCCUGGCCUGCUGUCACAAAUCAAGCAAUCUUGAAACCGAAAAGCGUGAAAUUACCCCGAAUCAGGAGUAUAAAGUGUAAACAUAAAGAAAAGGUUGCUGGGUUGGAGCCUUCUCUUGCAGAAGAGGAGGGUGGCGUGAAUCGCUGCUCUUCAGAUACCAAAGGUUUCUCUGGCCUUCCGAGAGAUUCUCUUCAGAGAAGUGGAAAAGUUGAUGGUCAGAAACUGUUAAACAACAUGCAUGAGAAACCCAGGGAUUCUACUGAAAUCGAAACAGCUGUGGUGAAGCACGUUCUGUCAGAGCUGAAGGAACUGUCGUACCGGUCCAUGAACGAUGAUGCCAGUGACUCUGGCACUCCAAAGGCCACAGUACCUUCACUUUUCGCUUCUGCCCCUGGUCAUGGUCGUUUGCCUAUUGAACCAGAUUACAAAUUCAGCACCUUGUUAAUGAUGUUGAAGGAUAUGCAUGACAGUAAGACAAAAGAGCAGCAACUGAUGACUGGUCAAAAUAUAGUCCCAUUUCGAAAUAGCAGCACAGGUGAUGGUUCUGGAAGCAAUUCUGCAAGUGGUCUCAAGUCUUUGUCUAUUGUAGGUCCCCCAUAUAAAAUAGAAAAAAAUGGAGAUUGUGCCCAGGAAACAGUAACUCCAAACUCCGCUAUAAGCAGCUCCUCAUUUUCACGCAACCCUCCAACCAAGUUGACAGGGAUUGGCACUGGUAAAAGGGAGCCUGCGAGUGCUGCUGUUUCUGGGACAAAUGGCACAAAUUGCAUGUCCAAACGCAACUGUUCAAAAUCUAAGCAGUCAUCAAAGCUUGGAGAUAAAACAGUUUCAAACAGAAAGGACUUAAAACCAGGAGGGCCAAGUAAGUUACUAAGUCGGUUACCCAGAGAUUCAGGAGAACAUGCAUUCCGUGGGCACGGUUCGGUUACCAGUCCUCUAGGGAAUGAGGCAGAAGAUACUGAGAGGAAAGAGUGUAUUGAUUUAACAGAGCAUUCAACUGAUGAAGACUCUGCCUGUUUAUCUGAUGACAAUUUAGGUCGUGUUGGAAGGAGACCUGAAGCUGGUAGAAAUAAUGAGAGCUGCAAUUCUGCUGCAAAUGGGGAGAGUCCAGACUUGGAUUCAGAGGCAAAUACACAUUCAGAGAGGAAGCGCCUUAGAAAGCCAAGUAAACGGCUUCUGGAAUAUGCAGAAGAAUAUGAUCACUUGUUUGCACCCAAGAAAAAAUCAAAGAAGGGCCAGGAGCAAAAGGUGAAUUCUGUGACGAGGUCUGAAUUUGAAGGAGGUGUUCCCGCACAAUGCAGUCCUGACAGAGAUACUCAGCGGGGGCCAAGUUCUUUGGUUUCAACUCCAUCUUCAACCAAAGAGUCCCCUCCUGUCCUUGAAGCAGAGUCCUUCUCAGAACUAGGAUCCCACUCCACUGAUCCCCCUAAUCAAGUUCCAGGAGGAUCUUCAGAUUUUCCAGAGGUGGUGGUUCUGUCUUCCUCGGAUGCUUCUGAAGUUUCUGCUUCUCCAGAUGCAGAAGAGGGAUUCCUGAAAUCAGGAAACUUCGAAAGCAAGCGUCAAAGGAAGCCCACUAAAAAGCUCUUGGAAUCAAAUGACUUGGAUACUGCCUUUAUGCCAAAGAAGGAGGAAUGGACUCCCCAAAAGAAGGGUACUGGCCCUUCAGAGAGUGACAGCUCUGAGCUCUACUCACCAGCCCAUUUCCAGGAACUGGGAGAAGCUUCUGAAAAGCUCUUGGAGAAACAGCGGAAGCGGAAGCGACAGCGCCAUACCUCUGCUGCAGUCCAUUCCAAGAAGGAGAAAAAUGAGGAGGGGCUGGGGGAGACCCCACACUCUGAGGGGGAGACAUCCGUUCAUGGGACUGCUGCAAGCCCCAAAGAAGGUCAUGAGGAGGGGUCAGAAAAUGACCAUGGAGUGCCUUCGUCCAAAAAGAUACAGGGGGAGCGUGGAGGAGGAGCAGCCCUCAAGGAGAAUGUGUGUCAGAUCUGUGAGAAGCCAGGGGAGUUGUUGCUGUGUGAGGCGCAGUGCUGUGGUGCUUUCCACCUGCAGUGCCUUGGGCUCUCCGAGAUGCCAAAGGGCAAAUUCAUCUGCAAUGAGUGUUCCACAGGGGUCCACACCUGCUUUGUGUGCAAGAGCUCUGGGGAGGAUGUGAAGCGGUGCUUGCUGCCCCUCUGUGGGAAGUAUUACCAUGAAGCCUGCAUACAGAAAUACCCACCCACAGUCAUGCAGAACAAGGGCUUCCGCUGCUCCCUGCACAUCUGCAUGACCUGCCAUGCUGCUAACCCAGCAAACAUCUCCGCCUCUAAAGGUCGCCUGAUGCGCUGUGUGCGGUGUCCGGUCGCGUAUCACUCCAACGACUUCUGCCUCGCCGCCGGCUCCGUGGUCCUGGCCUCCAACAGCAUCAUCUGCCCCAACCACUUCACUGCGCGCAGGGGCUGCCGCAACCACGAGCACGUCAACGUCAGCUGGUGCUUUGUCUGCUCAGAAGGGGGCAGCCUUCUAUGCUGUGAGUCGUGCCCGGCUGCGUUUCACCGUGAGUGUCUAAACAUUGAGAUGCCAGAGGGAAGCUGGUAUUGUAAUGAUUGCAAGGCAGGCAAAAAGCCACACUACAAAGAAGUAGUCUGGGUGAAAGUUGGGCGCUACAGGUGGUGGCCAGCUGAGAUUUGCCAUCCUAGGACAAUUCCUGUCAACAUCCAAAAAAUGAAACAUGACAUUGGUGAGUUCCCUGUGCUGUUCUUUGGCUCCAAGGACUACCUGUGGACCCACCAGGCUCGUGUGUUCCCUUACAUGGAAGGUGAUGUCAGCAGCAAAGACAAGAUGGGGAAGGGCGUGGAUGGCAUAUACAAAAAAGCUCUUCAGGAAGCUGCUGUGAGAUUUGAAGAGUUGAAGGCACAGAAAGAACUGAGACAGCUUCAGGAAGACAAAAAGAAUGACAAGAAACCUCCUCCCUACAAACACAUCAAGGUGAACCGGCCGGUGGGGAAGGUGCAGAUCUUCACUGCAGACCUGUCCGAGAUACCGCGCUGCAACUGCAAACCCACGGACGAGAACCCCUGCGGCCUGGACUCAGAGUGCAUCAACCGCAUGUUGCUGUACGAGUGCCACCCCAUGGUGUGUCCUGCUGGUGAGCGCUGCCAGAACCAGUGCUUCUCCAAGCGCCAGUACCCCGAGGUCCAGAUCUUCCGCACGCUGGCACGAGGCUGGGGCUUGCAGGCCAAAACAGACAUCAGGAAGGGUGAAUUUGUUAAUGAGUAUGUUGGGGAACUAAUUGACGAAGAGGAGUGCCGAGCCCGAAUCCGCUAUGCUCAGGAGCAUGACAUUACCAAUUUCUACAUGUUAACACUGGAUAAGGAUCGAAUCAUUGAUGCUGGGCCAAAGGGCAACUAUGCUCGGUUCAUGAACCAUUGCUGCCAGCCCAACUGUGAGACUCAGAAAUGGUGUGUGAAUGGUGACACUCGGGUUGGGCUCUUCGCACUUGUAAAUAUCAAAGCUGGGACUGAGCUGACUUUCAACUACAAUCUGGAGUGUUUGGGAAAUGGAAAGACCGUCUGUAAAUGUGGUGCCCCAAACUGCAGUGGCUUCCUAGGAGUAAGGCCAAAGAGCCAGCCCAGCCUCAGCGAGGAGAAGUCCAAGAAGCUCAAGAGGCGGCCGCAGAUGAAGCGCAGGUCGCAGGCGGAGGUGAUGAAGGAGCGGGAGGAUGAGUGUUUCAGCUGCGGGGACGGAGGGCAGCUGGUCUCUUGCAAGAAGUCAGGCUGCCCCAAGGUGUACCACGCUGACUGCCUCAACCUCACCAAGAGACCUGCAGGAAAGUGGGAGUGCCCGUGGCAUCAGUGUGAUGUGUGUGGUAAAGAAGCAGCUUCGUUCUGCGAGAUGUGUCCCAGGUCCUUCUGCAAGCAGCACCGGGAAGGAAUGCUCUUCAUCUCCAAGCUGGAUGGACGAUUAUGCUGUACGGAGCAUGAUCCCUGUGGGCCUCACCCUCUAGAGCCAGGAGAAAUUCGUGAGUAUGCGCCUCCCAUAGAAGGCCUGACUAAUGGCGAGGACACUCAGCCACCAGAGCAGCUGCCUGCAGAAACAGAGGCAGACACAGACCUGAGUGUUCAGCCCCUGGACAGCCUACCUCAGUCUGUGGCCCUCAGACUGCAGUCACCAGAAAAGCCCCCUGCUACCCUAGCGCUGAGGCUGCCUUCUUCAGACAAGCCCCCCACCACCCUUGCCCUGAGGUUGCAGCCAUCAAACAAGCCCCCCACAACCCUGGCCCUCAGGCUACCUUCACCAGACAAACCACCUGCCACCCUGGCUCUGAGACUGCCACAGUCAAAUAAACCCCCCGCCACCUUGUCACUGAGGCUGAAGCCAUCCAACAAACCCUCCACCACCCUCUCACUCCGGCUUCAGCCUUCGGACAAACCUCCCACCACCCUGUCGCUUCGCCUGCAGCCAUCAGACAAGCCCCAGGCUGCCCUGUCCCUAAGGCUGCAGUCAGAGAAGCAGCCUAUCAUUGUAGCACUGCGGCCUCAGCAGCCAGACAAACCUCCCAGCAACGCCGUGCUCUGGCCACUGGACGAGUCCUCCAGUGACGCCUCGCAGGCCCAGCUGCCGAGCAAAUCUCCUCCGGGAUCUCCGCAGUCCCCGUUGGAUGAGUCACUUGUUGCUGCUGGUGACCUGCAGCUCCAGCUGUCAGAUGAGACUCCUGAUGCCCCCGAGGUUUUGGAGUUGUCGGACAAGUCCCUCAUUGAUAGCAGGGCCCAGCAGCCUGAGCUGCUGGAUGAGUUCCCUGUGAAAUGCCUGCAUCCUCCACUGUCUGACAGACUCCUCGCCACAGUGGGGAUGCUGCAGUCCCAGCCGGAGGAUGAGCCUCCUGAGGCUGAUCAGCUCCAGCUGUUGGAUGACUCCUCUGCCCAGAGUCCACAGCCACCGGCUGUGGAAGAGGCUUCCAGCUCUGUGGUGCCACAGGUCCCAGCCUUGGAGAUGGCUUCCAGUCCUGAGGUGCUGUGGUCUGUUCCCAUUGAAAAAGUCCCAGAUUCCCCAGUCUCGCGGAUCUUGCCCUCAGAGAAGGCUCCUGGAUCAGCAGUACCACAAUCCCUGCCUCUAGAAAAGGCUUCCUUCUCUGGGGCAGUGCGGGUCCCCGACACAGAGAAGUCUCCCAGCUCUGGGUCACCUCAUCCCCUGCCUCCAGAGAAAGCUGCUGGUUCGGGUAUGCCUCAGAUCCUGCCCACAGAGAAGGCUCCCAGCUUAGGGUUGCCAUGGUCCCUGUCUCCGGAGAAGGCCCCUGGCUCCCGCUCACCACACGUCCUGCCCACAGAGAAGGGUCUCAGCUCAGGGGCCCUUCGGAUCCCGCUCACACAGAAGUCUCUUUCCCCCGGGGUGGUGCGACCCCUUCCUCCAGAGAAGGCUGCUGAUUCCGGGACCCUGCGGGCUCUUCCUUUGGAAAAGGCUCUCAGCUCCGGGGUGUCUCGGCCUCAACUCUUGGAGAGGCCUCUCACUCUUACAGCCCCAUGGCCUCAGGCAUCCGAUAAGCUGGCUGCUGCUGUGGCUCCUAGGCCUCAAGCCUUGGACAAGCCUCUAACUGCAUCAGCUCCGAGGCUGUUGCUGUCGGAGAAGGCACUGCGUCCUGUCGACCAGAACGCUCAGCUGAAGGAGAGAGGAGCCCCAGCCAUGGAGCUGAGUCCCCAGCAGAAAGAAAGGACCAUGUUAGCUGGGGAGCAAAUCUCUUGGUCUGCUGGGAAGGUGGUGACACAUGUUGGACAAGUACCUUGGCCUUCGGAGAAACUGCAGACGCACGAGCAAAGCCACUGGUCCACCGCGAAAGCCCUGACACCUGCGGAGCAGCCUUCCCGGACAGCAGAGAAACUACCAGAGCCAACCCUUCAGCCCAGCUGGGAAGUGGCCUCAGCCCCCUCGGAGCAGACCCCGUGGACAUCAGAGAGAUUGCGUGCAUUUGAGCAGACCCCUCGGCCAGCCAGGGAAGCACCGGUGCCCCCGGAGCAGGUGCAGUGGCUUGUCACGAACAUUCAGACAAUUGAUCAGAUUGCUUGGCUGGGUGGAAAAGCACAGACUCCUCGGGGGCAGGACCCUUUGCCUGAGCAAAACACAGCGCUAGCCUGUAACCAGGAUUCUGUCUGUCGUGAGUUGGCUGACUCAGAGCCAAAGUGAGGUUGGUGAAUAUGGGAGGCAGGUUUCAGUCGUUUAAUGUUUAGGGAGGGGGAAUCUUUGUUUUGUUUUUUUUAUUCACUUCCCUGAGCCCAGCCCCUAACCCAUGCACAUCCCAUCCAUAUUCUCUUGUGACAUGAGCAAGGACAUUCUCUUAAAUCUGAGUCUGGCCCAGCCAAAGGGAGAGAGCAUCUGUGACCUUUUCCUCUUCCUUUCACAAAUGGUGAAGCUGAAAUAAAGAGUCCACUCUGGGUAAAAAUCUCCAAUUCCAUUGAAAUGGUCACAUUACUGAUCCAGCAUGUUUUAGCUCCAGGUUUGAUUUUUAGGUGGGUUCCCAGGCACAGCCAGGGGCCUUGCUCUUGUUACUACAUUUAAAGAAAGUGGAUCAGUCAGGCUGCCCUGGCACUGGAGAUGUUUCAGGGAUCACGUGGUGAGCAGUCAGAUGUGUGUUCUUGCCAGACUUCAGAAGCAGAGAAGGGAUUUAUUGUCACCUGCCCAGGUCUCUGUCACUGCAGGGCGUUGCUUUACGAGGUUUGUCUGUGUGUUCACUGGGACAUGCUGUGUGUGGUUUGCUCAAGGACAGGGAUCGUCUCCGGUGAGAUGGGAGAGGAGCUCCUGCACUCACUCAGUGCAGUUUUCUCCAGCAAUAGGCAGUAUCCAUUCAGGCUCCUUUUUUACAGAGCUGCAACUGGCCAAGCCCAAGAAGCGGGAAAUCUGGAGGAAGUCAGGGAAAAAAGAGAUCUUGGAAGAAGUCAUCUGGCAGUUUUUUCAUUCUUGUGUCUUAAUCCUUUAGCACAGGACAUGCGGAGCGUUUUCCUGCACUUGACAACGUAGUGACCCAUAAAGCAGCAAUAGCGGAGCAGAGCAGAGUGGGUUCCUGGAGGUGCUGAGCACUGCCCUGCCAGGGGGACAGUGCUCCCUUUCAAAUUUCCAUCCAGUCUCUUCUAGACCUCUGUUGACAGCGUGAGCCAGCGGACUGAGCAGUCCUUUCUCCCUUUGCCUCAGACGUGUUGAGAACGUGUUCCCAUCACACCUGGUGUUACCAGCAGCAAGCCAAGCCUGUUCCGCUCGCUGCACAGCGCAGAGGCAAGGGUGCCGUAGCUGGAUCGGGACCCAUCUCAACACCUUCCCCUUGUGUAGCUUCUGGCUUAACUCUUCUACAACCAAAGGAGACUUGAAUUAACUGGACUGUGUUGGUGUGCAUGUGUGCGCGCGUGUGCGUCCAUCCAACUGAAUUGUAGUUCUCACACUGGAACACGGUGGGCUCCAGCAACUGGCUGGCUUUUUUUUCCUCUUCUCCCCUUUACAGUGAAGGCAAUAUUUAGUACCUGGUGGUCAUUGGGCUGGUGUCCAGACUAGGCCUGCUGAAAGCCGUUCACUCAAGCGUUGAGGCAGAAGUUGGCUUGGCUGUGGUGCUUGUGGGGCACACAGUAGAGUCCCAGGGACCUGCAGCAUCUUGUGACCAGCGGCACCCUCGCAGGCAGGAGAAGCACAGACCUCCUUCAAAGGAGGCCAGGUGGCACUGCCAGGCCUGGAUAGGGUUGGUGUCCUGCCGAGGAAACGCUGCUGACCAGCUUUUUCCCACUCUCACAACACAUUACCUCUGUAAUUACCUGAGCUCCACCGAUCUGGGGCUGCAGCCUCGGAUCUCCGUGCCGCCACCAGACCCUUGCGCAGCUCCAGUGUGUGCAUCCUUCUCCUUCAGGCAGAUCCACGGGCCCCUCCCAGGCAGGGAGAGUUCAGCCCCAUGCUGACCUCCUUCCUCCAACAUGGGAGCAGGUCCUUGUUCCCUCCUGGCUUGCAAAUGCCUGCUGCUCCCAGAGCAGACAGUCAUGAGCUUUGCAGUUUUCUAUGAAGGGAGGCAGACACCUGUACCAAGACAAGUCCCGAUCCAUUCUCCUUUCCUGAUGUGUGCACCCUGAGACAACGUCCUGCUGUAAAAGGCCGGGUGUGCUGGGCAUAGGGGGACAAUACCAGUGCUGUGGUGCAUCUCUUCUCUAGUCCAAAUCAUUUCAGAUCCUUUGUAGAAUAGCUCACGACUUGGAAAAGCUUUAUGGCUUAUGGAAACUUACUUGUUUAAUGUUGUUUUUUUCCAGGAAGACUGGCAGGUCAGUUCCUGCUUGCUGCUGAAACUAGGGAAAUGCAAGCAGCUUGCAUUUCUGCGUGACUCCUCCACAAAGGGAAUCAGGACAACUCAGAUCCGUUGAGAGAGAUUACCUUAAGGGCAUUCAUUAAGGUUUUUGAAUAAAAUUUUUUUUAAAAAAUUACGACAUUCAGUAUAUUAAGUAUUUAUCAUGUGUGAGAAGGAAAAUAAAUCUUGAAUUUACAUUUAUAAGCCUUCCCAUGAGCUGGACUUAGUCAUGUAGAUUGUGUAAGUAGGGUUUCCUCAGUGCCAGCACCCAGCUAGCUCCCGCUGUAACCAGAGAGGUCUCUGCACUGCUCUGUCCACCUCCGCUUCGCAUUGUCACGUGUUAACUAGUUACUUGUUUCAUGAAAAAAUAAACUGUGAAUAUUUUUGGUGCAGGCUUUUUUAAAUCUGUAAAAUGGAGAAGUUCUCAGUGAAUUCUCACAAGAGCAGGUUUGAAAAAAAAAAUGAAUUCUAUAAAUCGCGGGCUCGCGUAGCAAGGUGAGGCUCAUGGCAGCCGCCUUUCAUGCCAGCAGGUGCUUACCCAAAAGCUUGUUUGGAACAGUGAAUGUGGAUUAAACAGUUGCAUGGCAUUUCCCACAGCCUACUUUGUUGCAGCUAUUGUCUCUGUUCUUGUCUCCCUUUUCCACAAGGAUCCAGGUUUCUGGCUUGCUGCCUUGCAGCUGCUGUUGGAAAGUUGAGUUCAGCAUAGCUAGGAGGCUGCUUGGCAAAACUGGUGUUGAGGAACAUCAUUGAAGGAACAAGCCAGGAAGUUGCUCUUCCCUCUUUGUCCUUGCUGGAGCCCUGGGUGGUGGUCUAUCAGAUCGGGGGGGCUUUUCAGAGGGAGUAGUAGUGUUUUUGGGAGUGUCAGGGCUGUUGUGUGUCACAUAGCCAAGGCCUGACCAGCUUUAGAGAAAGGUCCUAGCAGCCCUGCCCUUGUCCAGCCUGCCCUCAUCAGGGAGCUUGAGCUGGGGAACCGCUUCAGGCAGCAAAACCCUUCCUUGUGAAGGAAACACGGGCAUCUUCUGUACUCACGGUGACUCACUGUGGUGGCAGCUGGCAGCACUGCCUUGGAGGAGGAGAGGGACAUGUCUGUGUUGAAGCAGUUGGGUUUGUUUGCUGCUGUUUGUUGUUGCCUUCAGAAUUCAGCCAGUUUGAAUCACGAGGGAUUUUAAAAGUAGAUGGUAGAGGCAAAGUAACCCAUACCCUGGCAGACUCUGAGAGAGAGCCGCUGCUGCAGCCUCCUGCUGGGGUCACACCUGUGCAGCAGCUUCAUGCCAAGGCUGUGAUGCUCUCUUGCUGUGUUGGAGGGAUACAAUCCACCUGGUCAUUUAGUCCUGGGUCAGCCCUAAUUGCACCUAAGGUGGGUGAGAGGUGACUUCUGUGUUGAUUCACUGGUGUGGAGCACUGUAGAAGCAGAAUCAAGGGUGUAAUUAUCUCUGUCCCUUCCCUGGUGUCCCACGAUGGCUCACAGGAAUUUUCCAGACUCAUUCCCUCUUCCCAUUUCUGAAGGAGAUGCAGGCUCUGCUCAUAUAUGAACACUUUGCUGGUCAACAUCCUGCUGCCAGGAAAACUGCUGCCCCUGCUCAAAGCAGUGGGCUGGGGUCAGUGGUCGUGACCUCCACCCCACCUCCGGACCCACUUUAGUGUUGGAUUUCCACUGUGGGCAGGAGAGUCCCAGCUGUCCUUUGGUGACAGAGGAGCUCUGAUGAGGGAUAACAGCGUGGUCAGGGCCUUGUGCCCCCCUCGGGAUGAGGGUUGCAGAGGAGGAGCCACCACAGGACCUGUGGGAUGUGUGGGCAGGAGGGGAGCAGGCACGGGCCACUGUCCUGGGCCACUUGUCCCAUCUUCCCCGGUGCCCACUGUCAGCCAGGGCUCUGGUGAAUCUAGCAGGAGAAUUGUCACUGUAAGGAAUAAUCACCUCACCUACUGCACGUCUCCAGAUGCAAAUUAGCUCAUGAUAGCUUGCUUUAUUGCUAUUCUCCAGUUAAACUUUUCCUAUUUAACAAAAAAAAAAGCUCACCCGGAACCAGAGUCACUUCAAUACACAAAGCAUCUGGGUGGUACCAUGGGAGCACGAGUUAAUUCAGGGUUAAACCCCUGCAGGCAGAGGCUCUGAAGGUGUGGCUGGUGUUAAAAUUCGGGAGAUAAGAGAGAUUGUUGAAUGUAAAGGACAUUAAAGAACUAAGGUGAGACGGUGCAUUUGCUAUAAAAGCUUCAGCUAAGUUUCACAGAAAAAAAAAAGAAAAAGCAGCCCUGACCUUGAUGCUCUUGGCUGUGUUAGCCCUGAGCGUGCUGUGGGUGUGCCCAGCUCCUGUCGGGAUACCACAGCCAGUGUUGUGACGGCAGGGGGAGUUUGAGAAACCUCAGACCUUCAACACCUUCUGUUUAUUUUUAAUUUCAGCCUUAACUUCUGAUUUUGCUUGAUGUUUGGAAUAACCAUAAUUGUAACCUGCUUGUAAAGUGCUUUGCCCUAAAUUACUGAUGAGGCUUUCGGCCUUUGCUAGCCAGUGAGUGUUAAAGCAAAGUGGCAAAUUGUGCAGCUACUCUGAAAGUAUGGGGGGAUGCUGUGUUUGAUCUCCCAGGCUUUGCCCGCGCUAAUUACCCACCCUCCUGUGAUAGUGAUAACGCUGGUAGCAGCAUUUGCAGCCGAGGCUGCUCCUCUUGCAGCAGCACAGCUGGGCUGAUGGGUGCUUGGGGCUCCCAGGGCCUGGGACACGGGACACUGGAGCUUGGGGACUGCUCUGCCACACACCUGGCUUCAGCAGGAGUCUCAGCUGUGGGAUGGCAGUGCCCUUGCUUAGCGGGAGAUGGGGGAAUACAAGAUUCCUGCUCCGGGUCCUACAGAAGUGAUGUAAGCAAAGUUUGGUGCCGGGGGUGGGGACAGGACAGAUUGUGUGAGCUUGGGCUGGAGGAGCAGCAGUGAUGGACAGUCCCUACAGCACUGAAUCUACCUCCUAGGGAAAUCUGAGAAAUGGGUGUCACUAUGGCCUAUUUCAAGGUAAAGUUUUAAUCAAGUUUGCCCUUGGCAAAGCCCUUGGGCUAUUGUGGUGCUAUUGUAAACCGUUGGCAGCUUAGCACAGUAGGGCUGGACUCACGGCUCCUGGCCCACGGGCUGGGGCUUCUUGGCCAGCUGAUCCCAUCCCCCUGGAGCUGGGGCCGGGCUUCAGCACGUGUGACUGAAACAGGACAAGGAGUGACUCGGUUCCUUCAGUUUAUGGUGGUUUUGAGACUCAAACCAGUGUGUCACUGAGCCCCAUGGGGAGCCCAUGGAGCCACGUGAAGCAAGCAGGCAUCUGCUACUGCAUGUUCUUUGUGUCUGUUUGGUACUGAGCUGGUUUCAGUUUUUGUUUCUUUUUCUGAUGUUUCCGAGUUGUUGACUUCAAAGAACUGGGUUUUGUGUAUUUUUUUACACACUGGGAACUUGUUAAAAGGAAAAGCAGCAAGCACUGGGAGGCUCAAGGUGGAGCGUGGCUGGAGCUGAGGGUGGCCCCGGCUGGCGUGGGUGGGAGGUGAGAUGUGUUGGCAGCAUCGGGAGCAGCAGGGAGUGGCUCUCCCUUGGUGCAGAGCACUGCCCCACCAGCCUGCUCGUCCCCAAGACACCGUGUUGGGCACCGUGCCUCGCUUUUAAUGUCCCCUGCCACCCUCCAGCACUGUGUGCUCCUAGCUGGGGUCCUGGCUGCCAGCGAGCCGAGGGCCCUGGGGAGGGUGGCUGCCCACUGCCCCUUUCUCACUGCCCGGGGACAUGGGGAGCCACUCGUGGCAGCAGGGUAAGUUGUUCUGGAGUCGUGAGUGAGAAGUUUGCUUGUGGGAGGAACAGAAACUUGGUGUGAGCAGCCCCACGCUGCCUUCCUUCCCCUCUGAGGUCUGCUGCCCGCAGUGGCAGCGAAUGGGGGUCCCUCACAGGCUCCCAUUCUGCAGGCUCAGGCAGAGGGAAAACACACCAGGAAUCAAAGAUCCCAGCCAAGGCAGGGGCCGGAGCUGGAGCACUGCAGGGGGGACAAGGGGGUGCUCAGCCCUGGCCAGGAGUCGUCUGUCAGUUUUAAGGAGGAAUGCCAGAGCAGGUGAGAGAAAACUACAUAUUUCCAGCAUGUAUAUUAUUUUUAGAAGAGGGAGAGGGGAGAGUCUUGGACCAUUGAUUACUUUCAUUUUGCUCCCCUUAGACUGUUGGCUGUGUAUGUGAAACUUAUAAUGAAAAGAGGGUUGCCCUGCCCAGGUGCUCCCAGAACAUGUACUGUAAUUCUUUGUAUAUAGAAGAAAAAUUACUGUAAAGUAAAGUUUAACUUUACUCUCGA